GCCACGUCACCGGAGACGGGGACCGCUGGUCGGCCCCUGGACGCAUGCGCCGGGGAGGGAGUGCGCCUGUGCGGCGGCGAGCGCCACCUUCCAGGGACGCUUCGGUGGCUUCCUUCUGUGCGACUCCCGGGAUGCAGGGCGCGCGGCGGGCGGAGGCAGCGGGAAGCGGGCCCGAGCGGGAUGCCCUCGCACGAUGGGCAGGAAGUAGGCCUGGGCGGGAGGCGGCGGCUGCCUGGGAGUAGAGCAGUGCCGGCGGAGCGCUCCUGGUGGCGGAGCGGACCUUGGUGGGUUGCAGCGUCGCAGCCGCACCGGGUGAGCGAGCAACGGUGGCCGGGCCUCCUCCAGAGCCUUCUGAGGCCAUCCGAGGCCACGUGGGCGGCCGGGUUAGUCAACCGCCCUCGGGACAGAGAUGCUGGGCCUUCCGCACAAGCCAGCACGUGCAGCGAAAGUGGCUGGGUUAGAGCUUUGGGCACUGAAGCAGAGAGGAGGUGCGCCCGCCAAGUGUUCGUUCUCACCAAACCCGAGGCACAUGCUCGGAAUAACUCAUAAUUAAUCCAUAACCUCUGGAGUCAAAUUUACCACCCAGUUCCUGCACUUGUGUCCCCCUCCCGUAAUGUUAUAAUCUCAGGAAACAUACACAUAGUUACAGGUUUUUCAGUCCUAAAAGUUAGUUUCAAAAGAAACUGGUUAAGUUACUUUUUGCAAACUGGCAAAACCAAAGCAGCCGAUUUGCAACAUUUUGAAAGUUUU